UCUAGUUUCUGCUUGUCAUCUUGUCAUUUUGGUGAGGAUUGUCGGCAUUUAUUUAAAAAUUAUUGUACCACAAAUUUAAGCCAAGCAUAAUGGCUACUGAACGUUACAGUUUUUCUCUGACAACAUUUAGUCCUUCCGGAAAGCUUGUCCAGCUUGAAUAUGCCUUGGCAGCCGUAUCUGGAGGCGCACCUUCUGUUGGUAUAAUGGCUUCCAAUGGCGUCGUCAUUGCCACAGAAAAUAAAUACAAAUCGCCGCUCUAUGAGGAACAUAGUGUGCACCGCGUGGAAAUGAUAAACAAGCACAUUGGCAUGGUGUAUUCUGGAAUGGGUCCCGAUUAUCGCCUACUGGUGAAGCAAGCACGCAAAAUCGCUCAAUCAUAUUAUCUGACCUACAAGGAGCCCAUACCGGUGUCACAGCUCGUGCAACGUGUCGCAACAUUAAUGCAGGAGUACACUCAAUCGGGUGGCGUGCGUCCAUUUGGUGUGUCGCUAUUGAUUUGCGGUUGGGACAAUGAUCGCCCAUAUCUUUACCAAUCGGAUCCGUCUGGUGCUUAUUUCGCUUGGAAGGCCACUGCCAUGGGUAAAAAUGCUGUAAAUGGCAAAACGUUUUUGGAAAAGCGUUAUAGCGAAGAUCUUGAACUUGAGGAUGCUGUGCACACUGCUAUUCUGACCCUAAAGGAAGGGUUUGAGGGCAAAAUGACUUCUGAUAAUAUUGAAGUGGGAAUCUGCGAUCAGAAUGGGUUCAAGCGCUUGGACCCUGCAACAAUUAAAGACUAUCUAGCCAACAUCCCUUAAAUUUAAAUUCAACAUUGAUUUGUCCAAGCUAAGCUUAUAUCUGCGUAAAUAAAC